AUGCCCCCUUAUGGAACCACCUAUCAUGGACUGGUGCUACUCCUCUUCGUCUCGCUGAUGAUCAUCUCCACUCGCCAGUCAAUCAACACUGUUGGCUCUUCACUUGGCGACUUUGACAUUUCCGACUUUGGAGGCGACAUUUCUGAAUGGGUCAAUGAAGCUGGCGACGAAGGUGGCGGCGAUGAAGGGGCCGUAGAAAUUCCCAGCCACAGAUCCAUUGGAUCUAUUGGCAUGACUGCAAGUACUAUUCAAGCAGUGGCCCUACUGCGCGGUCUUAAAACAUUUGGCGUCGUUCGACUGACUCAAAUAGGAUCUGGCCCGACGCAAAUAUCUGGUUUUGUGAAAGGCCUGUUUCCCUUUGGCAAACAUGGCUUCCAUGUCCAUCAACACCGAGUGGUCGGCUACAACUGUGAAUCCGCGGGGGAGCACUACAAUCCAACUCGCCAAAACCACGGCCCUAAAGACUCUCCCAGUUCGCACAUCGGGGACUUGGGAAAUCUCCAUGCUGAUGCCAAGGGAGCUGCAAAAUUCGAUGUGAGCAGUACCAGGAUUUCACUCCGCGGUAAGUUCAGCGUACUGGAGCGUUCACUGGUGGUGCACCUGCAAACCGAUGACCUGGGAGCUGGCUAUAACCGCGAGAGUCUUCAAAGCGGAAACUCUGGUGCUCGUAUUGCUUGCGGUACGAUUAAAUUCAUUGCCAUUAAGAAGGCUUAA